UUCUCAGGCGCAUGUGCUCUUUUCUCUUUUGACGGCAUCGUCCUAAAUCGUCAUGGCCGCUCUUGCAAGGAAGCUUUGGUCGCCGCUUGUCGGGCGCCCUAGGUACCUUUCUUUAUCAGCUCGACGAUUCAACAGUAAAGAUGGAGAACCAGAACAAUUUAAACCACCUCCCAAGCCAAUCAUUAUUGAUGAAUUAAAACAACAAGCAAAAGAGAAACGGUUCUUGAGUCCUGAAUUCAUCCCUCCACGGCAGAGAACAAAUCAUUUAAAAUUCUUCCUUGAAAGACAACAUAUGAUAAAAAGAAGAAAAGUAAUCAAUAUUCCAGAAUUUUAUGUCGGAAGUAUACUUGCUGUUUCUGCAAUGGAUCCCUAUUCCAAUGGAAAAUGCAACACUUUUGUAGGAAUUUGUAUUCAGCGAUCAGGAAAGGGACUUGGUGCAACCUUCAAACUUCGAAAUGUGAUAAAUGGACAAGGUGUUGAAAUCUGCUAUGAAUUAUAUAAUCCCCUAAUCCAUGAGAUCAAGGUUUUGAAGUUGGAGAAGAGGCCAGAUGAUAACUUGCUGUAUUUACGAGAUGCUCUGCCAGAGUUCAGCACUGUUGAUGUAAACAUGAAGCCAGUGUCUUACAUACUUUAUGAUGAAGUUCCUGUCAAUAAGAUGAAGGUCAAAAUGAAGCCCAAACCGUGGUCAAAACGCUGGGAACAUCCAAAAUACAAUAUCCAGGGCAUCAACUUUGACGAAUAUCUUACAGAAAAAGACAAACAAAGAAUUAAAAAAUGGGAAAUGCCUUGGAGACAAUUUGAUAUGAUACUAGAGUAUGAUACAUCGAAAAUUGAAAAGGAAAUUCAGAAAGAAGUGAAUGAAGAGCUGAAUAAAAGCUAGGGGGCUAUUACUUGGAAAGACCAUCUUUCAAGGAAUUAUAGGAUAUAUCUUUAACAGUGACUCUUGAAAAAGCAUGUAGAUGAAAGAUAUUCUUAGGGGUUUUUUUUGUGUUCAGCAGUCUUUACAUAUAUAAAACAUUCUAAACAAGACCAGGUAAUCUUUUUGACAAUUGAGGAAAAUAUGAAGGCCAUAAGAAACACGUUGGUGACAUCUUUAGAAGGGAUUGGUCCUCAAAGUUUUAACUUUUUUGCAAUGGGAGGUAGCUAAAGAGUUUUUUCAUGCAUAAACCAGCACAUUUCAAAACUAAUCCCUUAAUUUGUAACCAAAGGGCUACAAAAUUGAAAGUGAUGGCCAGUAGUUGCUCAUGUCCAUUCCAGAAGUUCUUUUUGUAUUUGAUAAGGCAAAUAAGAUAAAUACUUUGGAUUUGUAGGGCAUGCUGAGUAAUAGGAAAUCGAAGUAGUAUAAUAUAUCUUCAAUAAAAGCAUUGAUUACAUUA